AUGUCGCGACCGGGUACGAGUCUUACUAUCGCCCAACAGCUGAGGAAAACCACUCAACUAGGCCUUGAAGAAGCUGCACGAAAUCUGGAAAAGAAACACUCGGGAAAUUACUACACGGCUAAGGUCAAGAUUGGCCAGAAAUACAAUAUCAUCGGCUUCAUCAGCAGCGGCACAUACGGACGAGUCUACAAGGCUGUCGAGAAGAAUCCCAAAAGUGACCCUUCCAGCCCGGCAGGAUCGGCGGCCCCCAAGGAAUUAUACGCCAUCAAAAAAUUCAAACCAGAGAAGGAGGGUGAUAAUGUCCAAUACAUGGGGCUGUCGCAGUCCGCGAUCCGAGAAAUGUCCCUGUGCACCGAAUUGUCACAUCCUAAUGUCGUCCACCUAGCAGAAAUCAUCCUCGAAGACAAAUGUGUCUUUAUGGUCUUCGAGUACUGUGAGCAUGACCUACUACAGAUCAUCCACCACCAUACUCAACCAACGCGGCGGCCAAUCCCCGCCACGAUGAUCAGGUCUAUCUUGUUCCAGCUUCUGAACGGCCUCUACUAUCUGCAUCAAAACUGGGUCAUCCAUCGUGACCUGAAGCCCGCUAAUAUCAUGGUUACGAGCUCUGGUCAUGUACGGAUUGGAGAUCUCGGUCUGGCUCGGUUAUUUCAUAAGCCACUAUCGUCACUGUACUCGGGCGAUAAGGUCGUCGUCACGAUUUGGUAUCGAAGUCCUGAUCUACUUCUCGGCGCGCGCCACUAUACACCAGCCAUCGACAUGUGGGCAGUCGGUUGUAUCUUUGCCGAGUUACUGAGCUUGAGGCCCAUUUUCAAGGGAGAAGAGACCAAAAUGGAUAGCAAAAAGACUGUCCCAUUCCAACGGAACCAGAUGGGCAAGAUUGUCGAGAUAUUGGGUCUGCCCAGACGUGAGAAUUGGAAAGGUCUGGCUGACAUGCCGGACUACCCGCAGUUGCAGUCGCUGGUUGUUUCUCGAGGCGGCAUGCCUGGUGGAGGACUCUAUCCGACUUCCUCGAAUAGUAUCAAUCGCGGCGGAUCUGGUGGAAGCGCCAACAACAAUGGUACUGGACUGGAAAAUUGGUAUAACAACUGUCUCCGACACGCUAGCUAUCCGCCGGACAAGUCUCCCGGUCAACGAGGGUUUCAGCUCUUGUCUGAGUUGUUCGAAUAUGACCCAGAUAAGAGGCUGACAGCUGAGCGAGCGCUGCAUCAUGACUACUUUCGGAAUACGGACGAUGGGCCUCACAAGGGUGAGAUUUGGGUCAGCAACAAUUGUUUCGAGGGGUUGGAUGAAGUCUAUCCGCAUCGGAGAGUGAGUACGGAAACGAACGAUAUUGGGACGAGCAGUCUGCCGGGUACGAAGAGAGGCGGGUUGCCGGAUGACUCGCUUCUCCCCGCGGCAAAGAGGAGAUGA